UUGCCCUAAUCCCUCAUUCUUCUCUUAGGUCACCUUCUCGCUCUUCCUCCUUCUCAGAUCCUCUCCUUCCCUUCCCUUCCCUUUCCUCUCGCCCUCAGCUCCAGGUGCAGCUGCUGUUUUCUGUUUCUUCAAGCAAUCCGGGAGCUUCGGCUUGUAACGUAUUGUGUUCAACAAAGAGAUUGCAGUGCGCCGAAACCACAACAAACUUCAGCCAUGGCGAGCACCAAAGUACAGAGGAUUAUGACCCAACCCAUUAACCUGAUUUUCAGGUUUCUUCAAAGUAAAGCUCGCAUUCAGAUUUGGCUAUUUGAGCAGAAAGAUUUGAGGAUUGAAGGACGAAUAAUUGGUUUUGAUGAAUACAUGAAUCUAGUUCUGGAUGAUGCCGAAGAAGUGAACAUCAAGAAAAAGAGCAGAAAAUCACUUGGAAGAAUUCUUCUUAAAGGAGACAACAUAACCCUCAUGAUGAACACGGGAAAGUGAAUGUCAUACCAAUACUGGCCUUUAUUUGGAUUGGCAUGACUUUGUUAGUUCAAGGGAUUGUGUAGAUUUCAGUUUAAGUGGUUUCUCAGUUAUGGUAGGAGAACAUGUGUUUUAAAUGCUUGAAUGGAUUUCAUGUAUGAUCAAUCUUGUAGCCAGAGAAUUUAUAGAAGAAUUAUUGUCCAACUUAAUUAUCUCGAUCAAGCAUCAAAUUUUCUGUAGAAUUGUAUGUUAGAUACCAUCUAUGGUUAAAAGAAAGUGGCUUUUUAAUCUAA